CAGACGAUGUCUUUUUUCGGCGCUGGCCGAAGACUGAAGCGAGAAAUUCAUUUUGCGUUUUUAAUUCUGACUGAGUUGUUCUGCGGUUAAGUUGUGACAAUAACAAAGUCCCAAAUUCCCAAUCUUGUCAUUACACUGGAUACAAAAGACACCUAAAGUGAACUCAUCAUGGAAAUGGAAACAGUUGGGGACCUAGGGGAACAAGGCUAUGAAUUCGAUAAACCUCCAAAUAAUGGGUUGAAACUGAAAUUAAAUCAUCAGUUUCCAGUACAAUCUAAACAAAUCAUUAGACCAAGACCAAAUCAGAUCAUCGAAAUGAUGCCACUUACAGCAAGAUAUGUUAAAUACUACAUUGGUAAGAGGCUAAACAAAAAACGUCCUAUCAUGGAUUACAUAAAUAUGAUUUCUGCACAAAGAAUGUAUGGUUGCCCAAUUGGUGGUAUUGGAGGUGGGACAAUCGGGCGCGGCUUUAAAGGCGAGUUCUGUCGGUUCCAACUGUACCCGGGCAUCUAUGAGUAUGUCACUAUACCAGAAUGUCAAUUCAUAGUGAACAUACGGAAUGAUAACAAAGAAACUAUUUUUCAGUCUGUUCUAUCUACUUAUGAAAAGCCCAAAAAAGCACCAUCAACAUGGGAGUGGAACUUAAAUCCUGAGGACUGUGAAUACACAGGUCUCUAUCCUCGGGCCUGGACAACUUAUGAUCUCUCUAAAUAUGGGGUGGAAUUAGUUUGCCGCCAAAUUUCGCCUGUUAUUCCUCAUAAUUACAAGGAUAGCAGUCUUCCUUGUGCAGUAUUUGUUUUUUCUGCUAAAAAUGUUAGCAAUGAACACAGAGAUGUGAGUAUUACAUUCACAUGGACUGAGGUACUGGGAAGCACAAAUAAAAAGAAAGCAGCUGCAAAGUUAGACUUAGAAAGAUAUUCAGAGGAGCACACAAGUGGUGUUACAUUAGAGCAAAAGAUAGAAGAUACUCCAUGCACAUUUACAAUAUCAAAAAGGAAACUGGAAAACGAGACUAUACAUGAAGAUUAUUGUCUUUGGAAUGUGUCAAAGACAUCUGCUUAUGUGUGGGAGUGUUUGAAGAAAAAUGGCCGGCUUGAACCAGACCCUAGCCUCACCCCUCCCCCGCCAAAAGUCCCAGAUAAAUCAGAUACUGGUGAAAAAGAAAAGAAAGAAAAACAAAAGAAGAUUUAUAAAUGUGAUUCAGUAGGACUUUCAAGUGUAAUAUCAUUGGAUCCUGGUGGACAUGGAUCUACAGAGUUUUGUCUCGCGUGGGACAUGCCUAUUAUAAAGUAUAAAAAAGAUAAGAAAGUACAUAAAAGAUAUUAUACUAAAUAUUUUGGUAGUGAUGGAAUAGCUGGUGCAAGCAUAGCUGCAUAUGCUCUUAGGAAUUAUAAAAAUUGGGAGAAAUUACUUGCCGAGUGGCAGGAUCCUAUAUUGACUAAUAGCAAUAUACCAGACUGGUUAAAAAGUGCCUUAAUGAACGAGCUUUAUUUUAUUGCUGAUGGAGGGACAAUCUGGUAUGAUGUCCAUGAUGAAUAUCCAGAUACUGAUCCUAGACACAACUUCGGUCUGUUUGGCUACCUAGAAGGUCACGAGUAUAGAAUGUACAAUACAUAUGACGUACAUUUCUACGCUUCGUUCGCAUUAGCUCAGCUAUGGCCGAACUUGCAGGUUGUGCUGCAAUACAUGUUUCGAGAUACAAUAGGCUUAGAAACUGAAAAAUCUAGACAGACCUUGUAUGACGGAAAGUCUGUCAAAUAUAAAAUCAAAGAUUCAAUUCCGCAUGAUCUUGGAGAUCCAGAGGGCCUGCCGUUCGCCAAUAUAAACGCCUACAACAUCCACGAUGUGAGCGAGUGGCGCGAUCUCAACCUGAAGUUCGUUCUGCAAGUGAUGCGCGACUAUCGCCUGCUGCGCGCGCAUUCCGCUCCGUUCACCACUGAAAGGUACCGCUCCAUGGCGUUCAUAGACGACGUGCGCGACGGCACCGAAGACGACUUAUACUCGCGCUCCACCGGCCAAGAGACAACGCCGCCGGGCUCCCCCGAGCCACCAGCGGAGGCCGAGCCCGCGCCCGCGCCGCGUCCGUACGUGGCCGAUAUACUAGACCUGUUGUACAGGACCACGGACCACGGGAGUGACGAAGACGACGGCGGUGACAGGACGCAUCACCGAGAGACAGCGGCGGUCUGGGACGCAAACAAGUACAUAGCGGACAUGUAUCCAGCCUGUGUGGGACUGCUCCGCCGCGCUAUGCUGUGGGACCAAGAUGGCGACGGACUGAUCGAAAAUGGGGGGUUCCCCGAUCAGACGUAUGACGCGUGGGUCAUGAAAGGGCCUAGCGCAUACUGCGGCGGUCUUUGGCUGGCUGCUGUGUCAUCAGUCAAAGCGAUGGCCCACAUGUUAGGCCACGAAGAAGACGAGCGGGAGUUUGCGAAACUCCUGGACCAAGGCCGCAACUCGUUCGAGGACAAGCUGUGGAACGGCUCGUACUAUCUGUUCGACACGUGCGCGGCGAACAGCAAAGUUGUCAUGUCGGACCAGUUAGCUGGCCAGUGGUUCCUCCGUGCCUCAGGACUAAACGAUCCAGUGUUCCCCGAAGCGAACGUCAAGAGAGCUCUCUCCACGAUAUUCGAGCACAACGUCAUGAAGUUCAAAGACGGCAAAAUGGGCGCCGUCAACGGCUACGUCACGGGCCCCAACGGGCAUAUUGAUACGACAGCUCUGCAGAGUGAAGAGAUGUGGGUCGGAGUCACGUAUGGACUGGCCGCGCUUAUGAUAUUUGAAGGAAUGCACGAAGAAGCGUUCGUGACAGCCGGCGGUAUGCACAAAUCUUUGACACAAAUGGGUCUCUCAUUCGAGACGCCUGAAGCUCUAUACGAGAAUGGCAACCAUCGGUCCAUCGCGUACAUGCGUCCAUUGGCCAUCUGGGGUCUGUACCAGGCGUUGUUGGCGAGGCCGCCGCCGCCCGCGCCCCUCGCCAACGGUCAACUACACCAUACCAAAGACAAAACUAAAUUAUAGUUAAUUCUAUGCUCUAUAGUCUAUUUACGUCGUAAAGGACGGGUACGGUGACAGCUGUCACUUUGAGCUUCCAUUGUAAUAUUGGACUGAUAUAGAUGACCCACGCUGAACUGUCCCGCCAAACUCAAUGACAGGGGGGCGCUACCAUCGUUCAACUAUAUGGUUUCCAACAUGGCAAAAAUCUGAACCAGCGAUCCGGUAUUGACGGUGGCGCCCCACUGUCAAUGUCAUCGACAGGACAGUCCAGUAUUUUGGAACUAUAGAAAACAAGCAAUUUGUCAUGUGUUCAAAUUUCCUCAAUCGAUUUUGAACCUUAACGACAUGAAGAUCAAAAUUAAUAAGAAAAUGUCGUACUCUGCGGCCUGUUCUGUACUUUAACUUGCACAAUAAGGUCUACUUUUGCACGGCAACUGUUACGCCCAAUGUGUCGAGUGUGCACACACCGUUGUGUUCAAUAUUGCUUUAAUGACUAAUCAAUUUUAUCGCUAAGUGCAAUUUUAACAACGAAAUAUCAUUCCAUGUGUCUUUUUCUGUGUCUAGUACUAUUAGUAUUAUGUUUGUCUUAAUAUUUUUCGUAGGUUCUAAUGUAUUUGCUUUAUUAAUAAUAUUACUUUUAAUCCUUACCUUAUACUGUGUCUCUCUUGUUAUUUUGCUUGUAAUUCAGAAACUCAAAACUCAACUGUCACAGUGCCUAUCCUCUAAGACAUAGAUUUUAAGUCGACUUAUGAAACCGUCGAAAUUAAUCGUUUCAAAGUGAUAAAAUUAUGUAAGAUUCGAAAUAAGUAUUAUUUUUUUGACUUGCAUGAAUUUUAUACCGCUGAUUUGUCGACUAUCGAAUGGUCAACGGCAAUUAGUGACGCCACGAUAGGCUUAUAAUACAAUUAUCGUAUGGCUACUUAAAACAAUAUGUAUUGUGAUAUUUUUUGUAUAUUGAAAGAGCAAAUUUUUUUGUGAUUUUAUACUGUUUAUUCUUUUAUUUUUUACUUAGGUACCAAUUGUUAUACCAAUGAAAUUGCAACGAGAGUAUUGUAUUAGUUACUAUUUAACUUAUUUUUUUUUAUUUAUGACUAAAUUUCAUUGUUAUUUGGAAUGUAAUCGCCAUGAAUUUUAUUUAGUUUUAGUGAGGCAAAUGUUGCCUUUAAUUAUACAAUGUACAUUCAAGUAAGUACUUAAGAGAAAUUAAUAAGUAGCACUUUAUUCCACUUGGUGGAUCAUUUAAAAGUAAAACAACAAUAGAACGAAAGGUAGAUGCCAAAUGAUUGAACUCGUAAGAUUUUUGUAUUUAUCAUUUAUUUCGUAUUAUGUACGUACAUAUAAAUGCAUUUUUGGGACACGUUAAUAAAAAAUAUUUGAAAAGAACAUGGUCUUGACAUUUUCUUAACCUUAGCUCUGUGGCUAAA